AUGGCCAACUCAGCCUGCGUUGAGCCUGGGACGUUGAUCGUUGGCUUCCUCACGACCUAUGCGGUGUCGCUCCUCUCAUCAGAAAUGGUAGAUAGGCCGUACCGGUACUCUGGCUUGGGACGCGAGUUUUACCUGCGCUACGUAGGAUCUAUUCAUCUGACCUACACGUACCAUAGUGGCUCGACAUUGCUGACCCUCAUGUGUGUCCUGGAGGCAUGCACCAGAUUCGGCAUGAUAGAACAGAAGCUGUCAGAGCUCAGAAGUCGCAUUAUAGUACUCAACUAG